AUGUCAUCUAUUGAAAUAACCAGACCUAAUAAUGGAGCUUGUGUUGUUGAGGAAGAUGAGCGGAAGGGAACUACACCCAUGGGGCUUUCUACCGCUUCGUCGAUAGUUUCUGCGGGGGUAGAACCUUCUGAACGCUUUUCAUCAUCUAUAAGCGUGUAUCGCUUAGAGGAGCCCAAGAGAAGGACAGUAUCUAUCUCAUCGGCUCAUAGCAUUUCUUAUGAUUUCAAUAUGGAAGAGCUUUUGGCUUUUCCCAAUAUGUCCACCCAUGCUUAUUCAUAUAACCCAUUAUCAAAGAAUUCAUUAACAGUAAGGUUGUCGAUUUUGAAAAGGUCCAUAGAAAUUAUGAUCAAGAAUCCCACUGUUGUUAGGGAUGCUGGUACUCCUCAAGAUAUCACUCAGCUUCCCUCUUUUGCGUCCAGAAGUAGGCUAGAUAGGCCACAUUCUUUGUCGGGGUUACGUUUGCCAUUAGAUGGUCAGCCGCAACAGCUGAGGAAUGCAUCAUCUGCCGCGCUUUCAGCUUUAUUUAAUGGACCAGCAGUCCCACCUCCACUUAGGCAGGGUGUUGAUGGCUCAAGGUCACAUCUUCCUUCAAUGCUAAGCAGUUCAAAGCUUCAUAGCCUGAAUGGGUCUCAAACCAAAGUGCCAGCUGUGAAUCAAUUCUCUACUGCGUGGGAAAUCGGAAGCGAUGCUGUAGAUGUGUCUGAGACAGCAUCAGACUUUGGGGGAAUGUCUUGUUUCCCAGAGUCGGUGUCGCCGCUUCUGCCGGGGAGUCCACAGCAUGUAACAAAUACCCACGAGCCAUCUCAUAUGAAUAAAUCAUUUCCAUCUGGUACUUCGCUGGCAACUGAACACCAACAGGACUUAGAGUCUCAAGUGGAAAAGUAUGCCGAACUGGAAAGUCUACUACGGUUGUUAGAUGAAACGUUGGAAGACACUAACAGUGCAAAUGCAUCGGACCUUCUCAUGAUCUCUCUACUAAACAUUAACAAGAUGUCCCUUGAUGUCGGGAAAGUUGCAUCGCAUGAUGAGCAACAGAGGAAGUAUCUACAAGAGGAGGAAGUGAAGAAGCUGUUAUUGGACAGUCUAGCACAACCAUUCCACGAGGGAUAUAAUGACAAUAUUAGAACAAACACUGGUCACAACGGUUUUCUACCAGGAGAGAACGUUUUACCACCUACAUCUGAAGAGACUGUGUCCAUUGUUGAUCCGACAGAGUAUCACAAAUCACACGAAACACCACGCAUUUUUCAUUCAUUCAUACCAGCAAAAUAUACUGCUCCGCAAGCUAUCUUAACAUGCUCUGAAAAUCAUCCGUGGCAGUUUAGAGCUGCCAAUGAUUUGGCUUGUCUAAUAUUUGGUAUAUCAAAGCUAGCACUUAGAUCUUCAACCCUCCUGGAUUUGAUUCACUCAGACUGUCGAUCUUUUGUAUUCGAUAAAAUCAUGUCUACUGAGGGUCAAGAGCAAGUGUUUACUGGUGAAGUUGUCGGGAUUAUUCAGCCAGGAUCAGGUACGUUUUCUUCGUCAUCUUCCUUUUCCUCUGCAUCAUCAUCAACGAAACAUAACGUCAUUUGGGCAUCGGUCUGGGCAAAGCGCAAGAAUGGUUUAAUAGUCUGCGUGUUUGAGAAGGUCCCAUGUGAUCAUAUGGAUGUAAUGCUUGAUAUCAAGGACUUUGCAGUGAAAGACAUUGUUGGUGGAGAGGGACUGCAGUUGCAACAGACUCCCAUUACAUCUAAUCCCGCUAUAUCAUCCAGUGAUCCUAGUGAGAAACCCAUCAAAACGGUGAAAUUCGCUAACGAGAUUAAUGACGUUAAGAGCAUUAGCACUUCAUUAGCUGAAUUGAUUGACCAGGCUAAAGCCGGUGUUUUGCAUGAUAAAAACGAUGAGCUACUCCCGCUUCCUAUCCGCAUUUCCAAUCAUAUUAACAGGAUACGGUAUUUUACAUUAAAUCAUUUAUCUCUCAAUAUUCCCUGUGCUAUAACUUCCUCCAUAUUGGAAGGUUACUUGAAGUUGCAAAUCCACUGUCUACCAUAUCAAGCGGGUAUCUUUAUUUUGGAUUCCAGGACGUUGGAACUGGUCAGCUUUAACAAGUCAAUAUCUAAGAACAUGUUUGGUUUUCACUACGCCGAAUUGAUCAAUAAACAUGUCACAAAAAUCAUACCGUCCUUGCCGGGUUUGCUACAUUAUCAUAACACGAUGUAUCCACAUUUGGAUAUCCAUUGUCCAAAGAAUAUUAGUUUGGUAUUAACUGAACAUUACUUCCGCAAGCUCGUAUGCGAAUCAACAACUAAAGCGGAUGACUUUUACAGUUCAGUUGGUAUCGAUGCUGUCCAUAGGGAUGGGCACAUGUUAAAAAUUGAUAUACAGCUAAGAGUUCUUAGCCCGUCUUCUAUUUUACUAUGGAUUACACAUUCUAGGGACGUCUUUUUUAAGGAUUAUAAUUCUAACCCCUCCCAACUGAAAAUGUUCAACGAGAAGGAUAUUACAUCUAUAAGUAGUGGUGCAAGUUCAACAGCUUCUUCAGAACAUCCUAGCUGCAAAAUCAAACUAGAUGAACUGAAACACCUAAAGGCUGAAUUGCAAAACCUCACUAUUGAAGGCAAUACCUCUGAAGCUUCUAAUAACACUGGUACAAGGUCCGAAUAUGCUCUAUCAGAAUAUUUCUCUAAUACAAUGACAGCAGAACGAGCUGCCCUGUCAACGCCAAACAGUAUGGACACGGAAGCCAAUAAUGCUAGUAAAACGGUAACGGACAAUGUUGCUGGUUGGGAGAUAGCAAAAGAGUAUUCACAGGAUAAAUACAAAUUUGUCAGUGACAAAAACUUUAAGGUUGAUGAGAAUCUAAUAUUGAAUACCACUUUAGCAACUGAACAAGGAUCGCAAACGGAAACAUCAGAUGAAAAUGCGGAAAAUAAACUGUUUUCGUAUUCGAAUAAUUUGGAGUUGGGUCAUGAAAUUGGCGCAUUGAAGCAUAUUAAGAAAUAUUCGGACUUUAUUGUUCUACAAAAAAUGGGUGAAGGUGCAUACAGUAAGGUGAAUCUCUGCGUGCAUAAGGAAAAGCAGUAUGUCGUUGCUGUUAAAUUGAUUUUUAAGGAAAGGAUAUUGGUCGACACUUGGGUAAGAGAUAGGAAACUGGGUACAAUUCCUUCAGAGAUUCAGAUAAUUUCCUCGCUUAAUAAAAAACCUCAUGACAAUAUAUUACCUAUAUAUGAUUUUUUUGAGGAUGACGAAUACUAUUACAUCGAGUCACCAAUUCAUGGAGUCACUGGUUCUAUUGACUUAUUUGACUUGAUUGAGCUGAAGACAAAUAUGACUGAAUAUGAGGCAAAGUUGUUAUUUAAGCAGGUAGCAGCAGGAUUGAAGCACCUUCAUGACAAUGGUAUAGUCCACAGGGAUAUCAAAGAUGAAAACGUUAUAGUCGACAACAGAGGUAGGAUAAAGAUAAUAGAUUUUGGAUCUGCGGCGUACGUGAAGAAAGGACCAUUCGAUGUUUUCGUUGGAACAAUAGAUUAUGCCGCCCCUGAAGUUUUAGGCGGAGAGCCAUACAUGGGCAGACCACAAGAUAUUUGGGCUACAGGGGUUCUAUUAUACACCAUCAUUUACAAAGAAAAUCCUUUUUACAACAUCGAUGAAAUUCUAGAUGGUGAUGUCAGAAUUAACCCUGCAAUCAGUGUGAGUGACGACUGUGUAGCACUAAUUCUGAAGAUCUUGAAUAGAUCUUUGGCUAUGAGGCCUACAAUUGAGGAAAUAUGUGACGACAAAUGGUUAGUUGUGUAA